AAGGAAAGCACAAUUUCCAGAUGUCUACCUACCAAGCGGCGACAAUUGUGGCGGCUCCCAACGAGUUUCGCGUCCCGUUUCCCCCAUUUGUACAAAUUUCCAAAGUUCAGUUCCAAAGAGAAGCCGGCUCACGUUUGCUGGCCGCUUCCGGCUGGGAUGGCACUUGUCGCGUCUAUGAAGUCGGAAAGUUGGGAGAUAUCUCGGAAAAACUCGUUUUUACACACGGAAAACCACUUUUGACGUGCACUUUUGCGGGUUACAACAAAGUAGCGUUCGGAGGAGUCGAUCACAACGUAAAGCUUGCCGAUAUCGAAACAGGCAACGGAACCCAACUGGGAUCGCACGCGCUGGCCGUCCGAUGCAUGGAAUUCAACCCAAUGUCGAGCCUCAUCGUGUCCGGUGGCUGGGAUUCGUCGGUAAAGCUGUGGGACGCGAGAAGCUACGGAAACGGCGCCAUCGAGUCGGUCAACGUGUCGAGCAGUGUCUACGCGAUGGAUGUUCUGAAGCAUACGAUCCUAGUCGGCACGAAAGAUCGCAAAAUCUUCAUGUAUGAUAGUCGGAAGCUCCGCGAGCCGCUUCAAGUCCGUGAUAGUCCGUUGAAAUAUCAGACACGGGCGGUGCAGUUCUUUCCGACUGGCGAAGCGUUUGUGGUGUCGUCGAUCGAGGGAAGAGUCGCUGUAGAGUAUGUAGAUCAGAGUGGAGAGGAGAUGAUGAAGAGAAAGUAUGCGUUCAAAUGUCAUCGAGAGAAGGAUACUGAUGGAACUGAGCUGAUUCAUCCAGUUCAUACCGUCGCAUUUCAUCCGAAAUAUGGAACUUUUGCGACAGGAGGCGCCGAUGGAAUUGUCAAUAUUUGGGAUCCUUUCAAUCGGAAGCGUAUUAUUCAGCUUCAUAAAUUCGAAACGUCCAUCUCCUCAUUAUCCUUCAACGAAGACGGCUCCCAGCUUGCGAUAGCCACAUCCUAUCAAUACGAGAAGGAAAUUGAUCCAUCACCACUGCCAAAUAAUUCGAUCACCAUUCGCCACAUUACCGAUCCGGAGAGCAGACCGAAAUAAUUUUGAAUUUUCGCCCUUUUUUCCAUUUUUUUUCCAUUUUACGGGACUAUUUUUGCUCUUUUUCCGAUCUUUUUCCCCAAUUCAAUACACUAAGAUUGUCUAAUUUUACUCUUUUUCUCCAGAUGAACCAUGAUUUAUCAAAAAAA